GACUCUCGCGAGAGAGCGGCCGGCCUCGCCUGCACCCCGCACACACACGGGCCUCUCGCGAGAGCGGGGCCCGCGGGCGGCAUGGAGCGGCUGUUCGUGCUGGAGCUGCUGGUGGAGGCGCUGCGGGUGGCGGAGCCCCCGGGGCCCGUGGAGAUGUCGGGGCCCGCGGAACACCCGGCCGUGGCGCUGCGCCUCUUGGACUUCCCCACCCUCGUGCUGCGCCCCGCGGCCGCCGCGCCGCCCCUGCGGCCGGGGCAGCCCUUCCCCUUCGGCCGCGGCAAGCGCUGCCUGUUCCGCUGGCGGCCGGACACGCUUUUCGCCGCGCUCCGCCGCCGCCCGCUCCGCGCCCUGCUCUUGGCGCUGCCCGCCGGGCUCGCCCCGGGACCGCCCCGCCUCCUGGGCAGCUGCGCCGUGUCCUUGGCCCCCGCCGCCGAGCUGCUGCAGCGGCCCGGGGCGCCCUCCUCCUGCGGCCGCCGCGGCCGCUUCGCGCUGCGGGACAGCGGGGGCCGGCCCGUCGGGGAGCUGCUCCUGCGCUACCGCCUCAGCAGCCUGGAGGCCGGUGGGGCGCGUCCCGCCAGCCCCCGCCCUGCCACACCGCCUGCCGCCAGCCCGGAACCACGAGACGAGGAGGAGGAGAAGGAGGAGGAAGAGGAGGAGGAGGAGGAGGGUGAGCAGCUGGAAGGCAACAUCUUUUGCCCUCCGCUGCUCUAUUACAGCCGUGAGCCGUCUGAGCCUCAGCGGCCGCCAGCAGCAGUAGGGCAAUGGAAGGAUGUCGAGCCGCAGAGACCGCCGGAGAAGGACAAGGGCCGCAGCCCACCGCGUCCCAGUGCUGGGCCCUCGCUGCUGCACCCCGCCAGCCCUCGAGAGCCCCAGCACGCCCCGGUGCAGCUGCCACUGCUCAGUGCCUUGCUGGCAGAGCUGUCGGUGCUCACCCGCAGCGCUGUGCCUGCUCCUGCUCUCCAUCCCCAUCUUGCCUGGCUCUACCAGGCCCCAGGGAGUGGGGACACGGCCUCACAGCCUCCCAGUCACUCUGCUGCCCUGAGGCCUGCAGAGACACCUGUGGGGCCUGGCAGGAGCAGUGAAGCCCCGAGCCCUCCAUUUAAACAAGGCAGUCAAAAGGCCGUCUCCCCAGAGUCUUCUGGGGUUGGGAGACGACCCAAGAAUGCUGUGCCUGAGGAACAGCCAGCCUGUGAAAGGAGCUGCAAAGCUAAGGAGAACAGACCUCCCAAAAAGAAAUUGUUGUAUGGGCUGACAAAUACACUGAGGCUACGGCUACAGAAGACCAACCCAGAUAAGCUGAUAAUUCAUGAAAGGAGGGAGCAGUACAGAAAAAAGCAAAUGGAGAUGCUGAAUGGGAGAAGCCCCUUACCCAAGAGAAAACUGGUCAGAAAUACUGAAGAACAGCAUGUGGUGUCUUGCAGGCAUUGUAGCACAGGAGGCAGUUCAAAGCGGAAUAAUCAGUUGGAUAAAAUUGUUCAGACUUCAUUAGAAAACAGUGCACUCUCAGAGUCAGUUUCUGUGACAGGAGAUAAAUCCCCUGGCCUGCAAAAACAGUCUGUUGCAAGUCCAUCCAGGAACGAUUCAAUAAUUACAGCCCCCUUACCAGAGGAAACUCUGUUAAAAUCUGCUCAUGAGGAAAAGUAUGCAAAAGCUCAACUCCCAGCAGCAUUCCCAUCAGAUGCUAAUGCAAAAGGAAGUUACAACGAUGCAAUAAACUUAAUCCAUCAUAAAACCAUAGAGCAUGAUGAUAUAUCUGUUAUAAGUGGUCAUAAACUAAGCUCCAGCAGGAGUGUUGAAAACAACUCUGAAUUCAUAUACUCUGAUGACUUUGUUGCUAGUCCAGAGAACACGGUUUGUUCAGAAGAUUUCACCAAUGCUGAGAGUACAGGCAGAGACUCAAAAGUUUGUGACAGCAGUCCUGAACCUCUGUGGCUUGAAAGACCAAAGCAAGAUAGGUCAGAUACAGAGCCGGAAUCCAGCAGGUCCAGAAUUUCAAAGACAAGUCAAAGAGCUCAAAGUACUUCAGAUCUUGUGCCAGUUCCUUCAGCUUCAUUUCCAGUCCAGUCUUUAAGGAGAAACUGUAACUUUAAAACCAGCAUGGGAACUAGUGCUGAAUCUGCUGAUUCACUUAACCUUGCUGAGAUGGAGGCAUCCUUAUUAGAAGAUCAAGAGCAGAAAGCCCAACAGAUGAGAAGGAAGGAAGAGAACAGGGGUGAUCGACAUAUUAAAGAAAUAUCUUCACCGAGAAGCAAACAAGUUAAAUCUGAUACUGAUCUGAAUACAGGAAAGGGGCAGACCUCUACAGGACAAAAGCAGUCAGUAACUCAAGUUAGCUCUUACGUGCCAUCUAACAUGUCUGAUCUUGAACUUAGUGUUCUGGAAAACAGUAGGUCAGACAAAGAAGAUGAUUUUCUGGAAAAACUACAUGGCCCUAAUCAGUACAAAGACAUCAGUGAACUUGUAAUAAACAAACUCCCAGGAUACACAAUGUAAUUAUAAGUUUUCACUGUCUGGAUUAAGAUACAAUAUUUGAACUUUGUAAAUCCUGUUACAUUUAGUUAAACUAAAUUUAAUAUUUUAUCAUGUACACUUAUUACAUCAGUGAAUUUAGUUAUGAGACUUUUAAAAUAAAUUACUAUUUGAAUCUCUAACAAAUGGUGUCUACAGCCUGACUUCAGUGUCAAUAUCUUAACACAAAAGUAAUCCAAUGAGCGCAUAAAGCAUAACUUACUGUCAGAACAGAAAUUAAGACAGAAGCAGCAAAAGCAGCCAGUACCAACAAAAGUAGUCCAGGGUAGAUGUAAUAUCAUCAUAAACAGCAGGUUUUAUUCCUCCUGAAAAUUUCCAAGCUUCCUUUUCAUUAGAAUUAGUUACUUAGAACAUAUAGUCACAGCUAGUAGCAUCACAGAAUUUUAUCAGCUAGUCAGUAUAAUGAUGUGUUUGUUUCCCUUUUCCAUCACUAAAUACAGUAACCAGAGCUGGCUGAGUCCUUUUAGAGUUUCUUAGGUUGAAGUUUCAUUUAAGUCAGAUUUUCACAAUUUAUUGUUGAAUACUGUAAGAAUUAUUGGUGAUAGUAAAUCUGUGUAAUCUGGGCAAGCUUUAAGAAGUGGAUGGAAGUUACUUGACCUUGAAGACUAAGGGUAUGCAAGGAGUAGGGAAGAGCAUAGUAAAUCUUCAACGCUUCACAACUCCCUGAUUGCAUUCUCUGACUCGAGGGAAAGAGGUGGGGUCAGCACCCACAGUCCAGAAUCUUGGAACAAAUGAGCAUAUUAUGUCAUGAUGUAAAGAUGUGAGGUAAUGAGAAAUUUGCCAUGUCUCCUUUGCCAUUAAAAUGGUUGAACUGAUGUCUGCUUUUGAUUUCAAGUUUGCUUUUUAUGGCUUCCAGUUUGAUCAUUUAACUUAAUGUCUUCUGUUUAACUACAGAGGUUUUUCAAGAGUCCAUGUGCUGAUCCUAAAUUUUAGAGGUGCUUUUUGACUUGAAUUCCUGCCUUAGUUUUUAGUCUCAUGUACCCCUCUUUCCCCCUCUUUGAGUAGUUCAUCUCCUAUGUCACCUUUACAUUGCUAACUAUCUCUUCAAUUAGGGCAGUUAUACUCAGGGUUAAAUGACAGAUUUAUCCACUCCCCUUUUCUUUAUAAUUUACAACCUGACUUUUUUACAACUUUUUCACAACUUUUUCAUUUCUCACUGUAAUUUUCCAUGUACUUUACUACAAGAGCCAGUGUUUACACUCUAACAUCUUGGAGGAGCUUUUUCCUUUCCCUCCUACUAUGUGUUUAUUUUGUAGGAAUGACAGCACCUCUCCUAUUUAAAGCAUGAACAUCUGUGAGGAUUAUUGGAGUAUCUAGUGUUGACUUCCUAAAAACCACUAGUAAUAUUUUUAAUCUAAAGGUAAGCAGCUGAAAUUACCUAUAUACCAAAGGAAUCUCUGGCCAAAGCAAUUCCUAAAUCUUAUUUAGGUCUUCUUUCAUCAGCUACAAUUUUAGAACAAUUUUUUUCCCUUUUUCUUGCAAUGCCAUGGACUUCUUUGAUAAACAUGGAUUCCGACUGUCAUUUAUACAUGGCAGUUACUCUGAUUUUAUUGAUGGAGUAAUGUCUUGCACGUCUCAUGAGAAAAACUGUCAUUAAAAUACAAUGCUGACCAACCAUUUCUACAACGUGGCUAUUUAAAUUAGUUGCUAAUGCUACAAGCGAACAAAUUGAAGAACAUUAUUUAAGAAAAUUUUAUUUCAAAAAUAAAAGUUUAUUUUCAGCUCCAAGCAGGUUGAAACUCAAGGGCAAAUUUCCAGUCUUUUUUCUAUCCCUUGUUCCAUCUUCAAUUUUCAAUUUUCAGAAGCAAAUAUGGUAGGACAAUAUUUCUUUUGUUUAAA